AAGUUGGAAUCCUUGCCAAGUCCUACAUUGAUCAAGGGUGGCUUAUUCCAGAUGAUAUCAUGACACGACUAAUGCUGAAUGAGCUAAAAGGUCUAGAUCGGUACAACUGGCUAUUGGAUGGUUUCCCCAGAACAGUUGCUCAGGCAGAAGCCCUGGAUAAAGAAUGUCAAAUAGACACUGUGAUUGACCUCAAUGUGCCAUUUGAGACCAUAAAAUGUCGGCUUACAUCACGUUGGAUCCACCCUGCUAGUGGCAGGGUCUACAAUCUUGAAUUCAGUCCUCCGAGAGUGCAGGGCAUUGAUGAUAUUACUGGAGAGCCACUUGUUCAGCGUGAUGAUGAUAAGCCAGAGACUGUUACCAAGAGGCUGCAGGCUUACGAUGCACAAACAAGACCUGUUCUAGAAUAUUAUCGGGAAAAAGGGUUAUUGAAAUCUUUCUCUGGAACAGAAACCAAUCAGAUCUGGCCACAUAUCUAUGCUUUCCUCCACACCAAGUUGCCAGAUGUGAGUCAGAAAGAUGCUGCCAUUCCCAGGUGAAAAUAGGUCUAACUUCUGCUCAUCUUUCACAGUUCACACCUGAUUACAUGAGAUUCAGCAAUCAAGGAUUUCUCUAAGUAGUCUACCAGACUGAUCGAUAAUUAAAGUCUAAUGUCCUUAACAUAAUAUAAGUUAAAAGUUUGUUGCCUGUGGUUCUCAUUUCAAUGCUGUAACAUUUUUAAUAUUAAAUAUACCUAAUUUUUAUAAUAUAGUAACUAACAAAAGCAGCUGUUCUUGUCUCUUAUUUAGAAAAUAUUUGCAAAUAAUGACUGGUGAAGGGAACACACUUCAGAAUACAAUUGCAAAGCACAUUGAUUAUUUACUCAUGAAAUGUAGUGCGAAGCAACCAUAAGGACAUGAAAACAUGUUUCUUCAAUGUGUGAUGAGUUGGGGCCAGCCAGAAGCUGUGGGGAACCAUGACCACCAUGCUGCAAAAAGCCAUUUCAGACCAGGAUUAGCACACAUACAGGUUGAUCUCAUAGAGCAUAGUCACCACCUUUUAGCUUUGCUUGCACAGGUGAUCUUGCUGGGCUUAAAUUACUCUUAACGCUUGCUUGGAUGAUUGGCCUUAUUACUAUGUUUAUAAUUCUGCCCUGAGAGCAGCGAUUUUGCAGGGAUGAGAAACCAAGUUAAAAUUAUGUGUAACACAUUUGGUAAAGCCUCUCUAUAUCUGCAGCUGUAUAAUACUUUGAGUAAAAAGACAGCAGAUACUGACAGGUUAAGUGUAACCUAGUAAAUGUAUAGCUAGAUGAUUUUCACUAGUGAAAUGUGUCUUUUGCUAUCUUUGAAAAAAACCUACUGCUUAUUGAUGCCAGUACCAAGAUACCCAGUGGUCAAAUUAUUAAUUUUGUCAUACUACUAUAGCAAGUUUUAUUGUAGCAAUUGGACUAGA